GACCCCGGCGGCGCGGGGGCCUCUGGGACGGCCCUUGGGGGCUGCCCUCGCGUGUGCCUGACCCAAUCCGCACUGCAGCCUGCCUCUCCCUGCGGAGCCGCCGCCUGCGCUUUCUCUCGCGCCUGUAGGGCGACUUCCCGCGUGCCGAGGCCGUCCCCGAAUCCCGAGCGUCCUACCGAGGGCCUCACGCGGUGUCCCAGCUCUGUAGUCCCGCGGAGGCGGAGUCCGCGGCCCGGUGCAUGCCGUGACGGCGGUGGGCGGUGCCUGCGCUCUCAUCAUGGCGGCUUAGUGGGCUUCGCGUUUCUGGCUUUGGGCUGCGCUGCUGAUUCCUGUGGCCGCGGUCUACGAAGACCAAGUGGGAGACAGCAAUAUGUUGGGAAGCUCAAGUUUGCCUCCUUGGAAUUUUCCCCUGGGUCCAAGAAGUUGGUUGUGGCCACGGAGAAGAAUGUGAUUGCAGCAUUAAAUUCCCGAACUGGGGAGAUCUAUGUGAUCACUGUGUCCAAUGGAGGCCGAAUCAUGCGUUCCUGGGAGACUAACAUUGGGGGCCUGAACUGGGAGAUAACCUUGGACAGUGGCAGUUUCCAGGCACUUGGGCUGGCUGGCCUGCAGGAGUCUGUAAGGUACAUCGCAGUCCUGAAGAAGACUACGCUUGCCCUCCAUCACCUCUCCAGUGGGCACCUCAAGUGCGUGGAACAUCUCCCAGAAAGGCACCUCCCCCAGUGCUGCCAUGGAUCUGGCCAGUACCCCAUCCCACCCUGCCACAUCUCAGGGGCAGCUGCAGCUCACCAGAGCCUCAAGCUUCUCGGUGAGGUCCUGGUUGACCUGAUCCUUCUCCAGAUUCUGCUUCUGAAGAUGCCCCACUGCCAGGCCCAGGUCUGUCACUCUGGAGUUGGGGGAACAACAGAGGUGAGUGGGGGACCACCCCUGCCUCUCAAAUCCACUAGCUGUGUCCACCAUGCUUCUCCAAACCCGAGGCAGGGACCCUAACAUCCACCUCCCUGGCUGUGUGACCUUAGGCAAGUCCCAGCUCCUCUCCAGACCUCACACUUCUCAUCUGUGAAAUGGAAAUGAGGUUCCCACCAGCUUUAUCUCAUGGGAAAGCACUCGAGGACUUGUCCAGGUGGCAGGAACAAGGGGCAAAAGUUCUUUUUUUUGAGACAGAAUCUCGCUCUGUCAUCCAGGCCGGAGUACAGCGAUGUGAUCUUGGCUCACUGCAACCUCCGAAUCCUGGGUUCAAGUGAUUCUCCUGCCUCAGUCUCCCUUGUAGCUGGGAUUACAGGAACGCACCACCACACCCGGCUAAUUUUUGUAUUUUUAGUAGAGACAGGGUUUCGCCUGUCGGACAGGCUAGUCUUGAGCUCCUGACCUCAGGUGAUCCCCCCACCUUGGCCUCCCAAAGUGCUGGGAUUACAGGUGUGAGCCACCGCACCUGGCCACAAGUUCUGUCAUCGGAGGCUAAGCUGUUUAUGAUUUACACAGGGCAAGUGCCUUCGGAACCUCAGUGGGGUGCCUGGGAAAACUGGCUGAGCUCACAGAGGACGGCCCUGCCCCUAGUGAACAGAUGCUCCCUUCUCCCCAACUCUCCAGUUUUACCUUCUGCACGGAUGCCUGCCUCGUGCGGCACCCACCAGGUACCACCUGGCACUGAGGUCAGCCUCGUCCAGGUCGCUUUGCAUCUGCUGCUGGGCCAGGUCCUUCUCGCAGAGCACCUUGUCCCGCAGCUGCUCCUCCAGCUGGGCCUGCGGCAGGGCCUGCUUCUCCAGGGCUGCCUCGGCCCAGCUCUCUGCCAGCGGUAGGCCCGUGCUCAGUCCCAGGCCCGCCUCCUGGACAGCUCAUGAUGUCCUGGCCAGCUCCCCUCCCAGCUGCAGCAGGUCCCUUGGGGAGAGAGCACAGGCUGGGAAUGGGAUGGGGCUCACUCCCAACUACAAAUUAAAACUACACGGGGGCCGGGCAUGGUAGUUCACACCUAUAAUCCCAGCACUUUGGGAGGCCGAGGCAGGCAGAUCAUCUGAGGUCAGGAGUUCGAGACCAGCCUGGCCAACAUGGUGAAACCCCAUCUCUACUAAAAAUAUAAAAAGUUAUCCAGGCGUUGUGGCUCAUUCCUGUAGUCCCAGCUACUUGGGAGGAUGAGGCAGGAGAAUUGCUUGAACCUAGGAGGUGGAGGUUGCAGUAAGCUGAGAUCAUGCCACUGCACUCCAGCCUGGGCAACACAGCGAGACUGCAUCUCAAAAAAAUAAAUAAAUAAAAAUAAAAAUAAAAACUA